AUGGCCCAAAACCAACGCCACGCAAGCGUGUUUCUACACACCACUGGCGGCAACGAAGAUCCGGGGCGAGGGAGCGCGAGUCUUGCACUCCCGUCGGCGGAGAUGGAGGGAUUGGCGACGGAGGGAAAUCACGGAGGCGAUCCCCGCGCCGAGCAUGCCGCAACCAAGGAGUCAGAGGCGGCGGCAACGCAACACCAUCUGACGCUGCUCCAGCCGACCGUGGUCGAAGUUUCUGCAGCCGUGCUGGAUAAGGACAAGGUGGCACAGCACGAGUCGGUGGGGCUGGUCGGUGGCUCUCCUCCUUCUGGUGGACGGGGAAGGCGUAGGCAAAGGAAGAGCGAUGGGGAGGAGGAUGAUGACACCGCCGUGCCCGGGGACCUCAUUACGCGGGCGAAGAGGCGGCAGACGACAUGUAGUGCUGACGACGCCGGAGGCGCGGCAGUUGGGACACCACGAGGCGCCAAGGAAGCUAGUGGCAAGGCGGGCGGUCAAGCAUUGCGCCAGAAGGGCCGACCCGCAGCAAGAAAAGCAUCCGGCGGAAGGGGAGGCAAGAAAGCAGCGACGGGAACAAAGCCGAAACGGGGCGAUGAAGACCCCGGUGAUGCGGAGGAGGAGGAGGAUGAGGAGGAGGAUGCGGAGGGAGAGGAGGAUGAAGAGGAAGCGGAGGAGGAUGACGCGGAUGUUGGGGAGGAUGAAAAAGAUGAGAAUGAUGGCGGGGAGGACGAAGAGGAGGAGGAGGAGGAGGAGGAGGAGGAGGAGGAGGAGGAGGAUGAGGAGGAGGAGGAGGAGGAGGAGGAGGAGGCAGAGGAGGAGGAGGAGGAGGCAGAGGAGGAGGAGGAGGAGGAGGAGGAGGAGGAGGAGGAGGCAGAGGAGGAGGAGGAGGAGGAGGAGGAGGAGGAGGAGGAGGAGCAGGGUGACGACGAGGAGGAGGAUGUGGAGGAGGAGGAGGAGGAGGAUGAGGAGGCAGCGGAGGAGGAGGAGGAGGAGGAGGAGGAGGAGGAGGAGGAGGAGGAGGAGGUGGAGGAGGAGGAGGAGGAGGAGGAGGAGGAGGAGGAGGAGGAGGAGGAGGAGGAGGAGGAGGAGGAGGAUGUGGCGCCAGUGAAGGGUCGGGGCGGGCGUGGCAGACGGGUGAGUGGUACAGGGAAGGAGGGGGGCCGGACUCGCCCUUCCCGAAAACGCGGGGCAGUUGACGCUGCGCGCGGCGAAGCAUCGGGCAAACCGAAGGCGCGUAAGGUGAAGGUCGAAAGUGAAGGGGUUGGUAAAAAGCAAGGGAGCCAGGGAGCAAAAGGGGAUGGAGCAACAGGGGCUCGAUCCUAG